CAGCUACACCUCUCGCCUUGUCAACUAGAAUCCCUAAGCGUGCCCUAAGCCAGGACUCCCACGACCCCCAUCCCAUCCCACCACGAUGAACUACUGUCCCGAGCGACCCUCACAAAGCAGCCCCAGCACGCUCAACCUGACCAUCACGCCUCACUUCACCGCCGCCGCAGAAGCCGACCGACUCUCCGUGCAACUCACCCUCCAAGCCCCGCACUGCGCGGCCCACCUCCCACUCUUCCUCUUUGAGACCUACUACGGCAACGUCCCCGCCCACCCCUACACCGAGCGCGACAUCACAGCAUGCGACGCCGCCGGCCCCCUCCCACUGUACUUCAUCGACCCGACCAAUGCAGACCAGGAAUGGCGCGUCGACCGCGACACGGUCGGCGACGUGCAGCUGCGCUUCGUUGUCGGCCCACGAGCCGUGGACAUCACGACGCCUGUAGGCCCGCGGGUCGACCUCCGCCGCGACCAGGGCGGGUUGAUCGGCAACGGGCGGUGGUUCCUGCCUCGCCCGGCGGCCUACGACCGGAUCUACCGGCACGUCGUGGCGUGGGACCUCUCGCACGCCGCGGCGGCUGCGCAGCGCACCCGCGCCGUCUGGUCGUUCGGGGAGGGUCCGGACCCGGUGGUAAAGGUCGGCCCGCCGACCGUGCUCAUCGACUCGGUGUACAUGGUUGGGCCGAUUAAAAGUUAUCCAUGCAGCAGCAGCACCACCACCGUCGGUUCUCCGCCGCGCGCGCAGAUCUACUGGUUCGGCGAGCUGCCCGAUAACCUGCGGCGGCUCAACACCUACAACAUCCAGCUGUAUCCGAAACUGGCCGCGUUCUUCCGGGACCGCGAGGCGGGAUCGUACCACAUCUUCAUCCGGCGGGUGCUUCGCGGGUUCGGGGGCCACGGGUGCCAGCAGAGUUAUGUGUUGGAGUACGAUGAUGCAAGCCGGACGGAGACGGAGGAGGAGCUGGUGGCGCUGUUCUCGCACGAGAUGGUGCACAGCUUUGUGAUGAUGGGGCCGGAGGCGGAUGGGUAUGAUAAUGGGUGGUUUGUUGAAGGGCUCGCACAGCUCUACUCCGCCUAUCUCCCCUAUCGCUUCGGUCUUCGCGGGGCGGAUUAUCUCCGCAAUCGUGUCAAUGCAUACUUGAGUGCAUACGGGACCAGCCCGCGCAUCGGCAUGGAUGCGCGCGACUCGCAGACGGAAUUCUACGAUGACUGGUAUGCCGAGUUGAUUCCGUACAUGCGGGGCUGCGCCUAUCUGCUGCAGGUGGACGGCCGUCUGCGGAGGAUAACGGGGCGGUUUGGGCGGGAGGCGGACGGUCCGCUGGAUGAGAUUGUCAUUGAUAUGGCGAGGCGGUGGCGUAGUGGCCAGCGACUUCGGGCGAGCGACUGGCUGGAGUAUCUGCGCCCGUUCCUGGGUGCGGGCGUCGCGGGUGAGCUGCAGGAUAUGCUGGGCGGGCGGGUUCUCAACUUGGGCGGGACCGUUGUGAUUUAUGAAGAUUGGGUGCUCAGCCCUAGCGAGCAGGAGAUUCUAGAGUUUGGAUUCAGUUUAUCCAGUGUCAAUCGGCGUGUGAUCUGCGGGGUCGUGGCGGGAUCGAGAGCCGCCGACGCUGGCUUGGAGGACGGACUGCCGCUGGUGGCAUCGUCUCGCGCCGGUCGUUGUUCCACGUCGCUGUCGGCCACGAUGGAUGUGGUGGUUGAACGAGGCGAUGACAGGGUGCAGAUCUCUUACCGGCCGCGAUCGUUCGACAAGGCGAGGGUCUGGCAGUUGGAGUGGUCGUGA